AUGCCUGCCACCACGGCGGAGACACUCUCCCUCGUCACGCGCACMGUCACGGUCGCUCCCUUAGUCCUUCUUUCAGUUGCAGAUCAUUAUGGACGGUCAGCCAAGGGAACUCGGAAGCGUGUUGUUGGUGUGCUCCUCGGAGAGAAUUCGGGCCAGACCGUUCGAGUAUCCAACAGCUUUGCUGUUCCAUUUGAGGAAGAUGAGAAGGAUCCCUCCGUUUGGUUCUUAGAUCACAACUUUGUUGAGUCAAUGAGAGACAUGUUCAAGAAGAUCAACGCCCGCGAGAAGCUUGUCGGAUGGUAUCACUCGGGUCCCAAAUUACGAGCCUCUGAUCUUGAGAUCAAUGAACUCUUCAAACGAUACACACCGAACCCCUUACUGGUCAUUGUUGACGUCCAACCAAAGGAAGUCGGCGUUCCCACAGAUGCCUAUUUUGCUGUUGACGAGAUCAAGGACGAUGGCACAACAACGUCCAGAACAUUCGUCCAUACCCCUUCCGUGAUCGAGGCCGAGGAGGCUGAGGAAAUCGGUGUUGAACACUUGCUUCGAGACAUCAGGGACGUUGCCGUCGGAACCCUUUCAACACGCAUAACAUCGCAGCUUCAGUCGUUGCAGGGUUUGCACUUGCGCCUGCGUGAUAUCGGCCAAUAUCUCCAGAAGGUCCUUGAUCACGAGCUGCCAGUCAAUCACGCUAUUCUUGGCAAUCUUCAGGAUGUGUUCAAUCUUCUUCCCAACCUAUCUACUCCAGCCACGACGUCGCGUCUGAGUGGGUCGGAGCCACAGAUGGAAAAUAGUGAACUAGCACGGGCAAUGAGCAUAAAGACCAACGAUCAAUUGAUGGCCAUCUACAUCAGCAGCUUGAUUCGUGCUAUCACGGCCUUCCACGAUUUGAUUGAGAACAAGAUCCAGAAUCGGCAACAACAAGAAGAGAACGAAUCGAAGAAGGAGCAAGAAGCAAACGCUGCUAAAGGUGACAAGGAGGGUGCGAAGAAGGCGAAUGGCAUGAACGGCGAGCAAAAGGAGGAUCAGGAGAAGUCCAAGAAGAAGAGCUAG